AUGCCUCUCGAGUCAAAUGCCGACAAGGCAUACAUGCACGACUUGCCAAAAGUAUCUUUCAGGGUGAUAACCGAUGAUCAAUCUAUACUCGGUCCGGCAGGUGUCAAUUCGGAGCAGAGUAGAUCGUAUGGAUAUAAUGAUUUCUCGGAAUUCGAACGACCCGAACAUUAUAUCCGAUAUAUAGAACCUAUCGAAUCGGAGUUGGCGGUUCAGGUUGAAUAUGAUAUGGAUGAGCAAGAUCAAGAAUGGCUGGACGCUAUCAACGCAGAGAGAAAGAAAGAACAAAGCGGAGCGAUAGCAUAUGAGGUAUUUGAGAUAUUGAUGGACAAAUUGGAAAAGGAAUGGUUCAACUUGUCCAAACGAAUACCUCAGCCAGUACAACACCUCGCUGCGGAGGAUUCCAAAUGUGCUGUAUGUGAUGAUGGUGAAGGUGAAAACUCAAAUGCGAUAGUGUUUUGUGAUGGGUGUAACCUCGCCGUGCAUCAAGAUUGUUAUGGUGUUCCUUAUAUACCUGAAGGUCAAUGGCUGUGUAGGAAAUGUACCGUUUCACCUGAGAAUCCUGUGUCCUGUAUUUUCUGUCCGAAUGAAGGAGGAGCAUUCAAGCAAACCACUUCAGGUCAUUGGGCACAUCUACUUUGUGCAAUUUGGAUACCUGAGACUGGGCUGGGAAAUGCGAUAUAUAUGGAACCUGUAGAAGGUGUAGAGAGUGUACCGAAGAGCAGAUGGAAGCUUGUCUGCUCGCUAUGUCGAGAAAAGACGGGAGCUUGUAUACAAUGUGAUAAUAGGAAUUGCUUCACCGCUUUUCAUGUAACAUGCGCUCGACAGGCGGGAUUACUUUCCAGUAUGAAGUCGUUCAGUCAGGAUGGAUUGUUGAAGGCUUAUUGCCAUAAACAUCUACCGGCUGAGGAGAGGGAAGAAAUAUCCGAUACUGCCUCAGACUUCUCUUCAUUCUCCGAAACGAUACCCAAACAAACUACAAAAACCAAAAACAAAGCUCGACGAUCUUCGACUGCUAAUGGUCAAGCUGCAGCUGUCGUUCCGACAACUAAGAAAUCCGCUCAAGCCCAUUCAAAAUCGUUCCGACCUGGUCCACCUAUCAUACCUAGAUUGAUCUUAGACAAGGUAUUGAAUUACGUUGCGAAAGUCGCCAUAAGGAAGAAACAGCCUUUCGUGGAGAGAUUGUGUAGGUAUUGGAGUUUGAAGAGGGAAGCUAGAAGGGGUGCACCAUUGUUGAAAAGAUUGCAUUUAGAACCAUGGACUGCAUCAUCUGACUCGCGUCAACAGACCGAGACUGAAAAGGCUCAGAAACUCAAGUUCCUACAAAUGCUUCGUAACGAUCUUGAAAAGGUCCGAAUGCUCGCCGAGCUCGUCAGAAAGCGAGAGAAAGAGAAGUUACGUCAAGUCCAGGUGAUAAAGGAUGUUGUGGAUGGCUUUAUUUUCCCUUAUCAUGGGAGGUUGAGGGUGGCUUUUGAGAAGAUUUCAGCGCUGGACCGACAAAGUCUCUACCUAAAUCCAGUCAAUCGAGCGGAAGCACCGGACUAUUUCGAGAUCAUCAAGGUACCAAUGUGUUGGUUAUGGAUUGACGAGAAAUUGGAGAAGAACGAAUAUGUCGAUUUAGCUGAUUUCAAGCGAGAUAUCAUGCUUGUACUUGAUAAUGCGAUGAUAUAUAAUCCAAAAGACAAUCUAUAUCAUCGAAGAGCGGCCAAAAUCAAGAAAGAAGCGGAACCUAUCCUUACAGAAUUGGACAAUAUCACUGAGACAGCCCGUGCACCAUACCAGACCCAUGCAUCGGAGGAGAAUGUUAUUCUGCCCGUUGGCGACCUAGAGGCCACUUCCGCGGUACUCUCAACCAUCUUACAACAAUGCUCGGGGUCAGAUCAUCCAACUCAAGAUCACCUUGGUUCCAUCUUCUCCUUUGAGCUUGAGAAGCCAAAGGAACCGAUUCCUCCUCCUCCGUCCAAGCCAGUAAAAGCGCCGAGGAAAUCAUUAUCUCACGCUGAACGGAAACAAAAAUGGGAAGAUCGCGAGAAUGCUGCUAAAGAACGGACUCUGGCUGGCUCAAGAUCUACUCGAGCGACCAAGGCCGCAGAGAUCGCGUUCAAUCAGGAAGCAGGCAUACAACCUUCCUCAAGUGCUGGAGGGAGCAAGCAUACAUCUGUCGAGCCCAAGGAGGAGUUGGAUGCUAGGAGUAGAAGAACGAGUAUGAGAGAGAUCAAUGCAAUUGCUGGACCGUCUACAACUCCUGCUUCAAAUAAGAAAGGGAAAGGUAAAAAUCGUGUGAAGUCGGAAGUAGUACCCCAGACAGAAGUUACAGCCGAAUCGCAGACAUCGACAUCGGUCUCAUUGACCACUUCAGGCUCGGCCUCACCUACCAAAGCCUCCAGCUCUCUCCCUCGGCGACACAGAUCUCAAGUUGGUGUGGUGGGCACGGAGAUUGUACCGAUUCUAACGGAUAAAGAAAGAAGAGAGCGAGAAAGGGCGAUGGAUAUCAUGAUUGAGGAAGUGGGGGCUCAAGAUCAGUUUACCAGAUUCAAUACUGGAUGGGUAUUACCGGAAGGAAUGAAGAGGAAGAGAACGGAAAGAACCUCUGACUCCUUUACUCGAGCACCAAGCGCUUCUUCGUCUCGUAAACCACCUAGUACAGCCGCUUCAAAAGCUCGAGCCUCCGCUACACCUCGAACAUUACGUCUCUCAUUGAGUCCCAUCAAAUCCCAGCACACUGAACCUGCACCUAUCUCCAGUGGCAGUGGAAGUGAUCUAUCCUCGCCGCCACCUUCAGCUGUACCAACACCUCGGAAGACUACAAGGCAGGUUGAACAAGGUGAGAAGCGGAAAGCACCCUUGGACGAGGAAACUACAUCACCGAGGCAGUCGAAGAGAGCGAGAACAACUAGGAGUGCGGGAAACACGGAUACUCAUGAUGAUGAAGAUAACGAGGAGAUGACGCCUAUACCUCAAGAUCUGAAUGAUAAGGAGAUAUCUGAGGAUGUCGAGGAGGUUGAAGACGUUGAAGAGGUUGAGCAGGUCGAACAACCGAAGAAAGAAGAUGAUAAGUCUAGUCCUAGCAAAGCGAGAAGUAACGGUAAAAGCAAAGUGAAAACUGUCUCUGUCUCACCCACCAAGACUAAGCAGGAAUUGAAAAAAGAUGCGGCACAGUAUGAACCAGGUGUACUUGUCCACACAUAUCCAUACUUCCCAGCUAUGGUUGUCGACCCGAAUGAACCUGAGGGAGUACCCUCCGACGUACUUGCUAUCGAAGCUAGAGAGAGGGCAUCAGCCAAAGCAGCGGGUAAGAAGGUAUGGUUGGUCAACUUUUUCGAUAAUAGUGCGAGUUACGGUUGGGUCAUGGAAGAUAAGUUGGAUCUACUGGGUGUUGACGAAGCACUAGACGCCUUGUAUUUAUCCGGUAAAACACGGAAUAAGAACAAUAAGUACAAGCCUCAUGCGAUCAAGAUGGUCAAGAAGGGGUAUAGGGACGCUUUGGCAACUUUGCAGACUGAAGAAGAGGACGAGGAAGAGGAAGUAUCAUAG